UUGUAGUGGAUAGCGGUUGUUGUUCAUGAGUGUUCGAGGGAAGGGAUUAUCUUAAUGCUUUCUAAUGAGCGCUAAGUGUUUUGUUCGUUAAUGCUGCGCACACACCAGGAGUCGCUUGAUAACCUCAAGAGUGAACACAAAAGUGAGAACGUGCUAAACCCAGAGAAGCACCAUAUGAAGGUGCUACAGAAAGAUGAUCCGUAUGCUAACAUGUCGAACACGAGUGGAGAUCCCGGCAAACUGGUUAUUCACAACAUAACACAGAAGGAUGCUGGCUGGUACACCUGCCUCGUCGGCAACUCGAUAGGGAUUGUCCAUCAGAGUGCGUGGCUCGACGUACUAGAACCCGAGCCACCCGUCGUCGCCGUAGUCAAGCAGGAGAGUCCGCGGAUGAAGAUCUGGAUCAGUGUGAUCGCGUGCGGCUGCAUUGUGGCACUGUCCUUCCUCUUUGGCAUCGUCAUGUGUCUGUACCGGCAGCAGCAGCGCAAGGCUGCGGCGGUGAUCGCUGUCACUGCCCUCACGGCGAACAACUCGUUCUGCAAGAAGAAAGUCAUCCUCGAGAGACAGGACUCGAAUAGUUCACACAACUCGAUGGCCCCACUGGUCAAGAUAGAGAGGAAUCGUCUGUCGUCGGAACUGACCACGGUCACAGAAUAUGAGCUGCCUCUAGACCCAGAUUGGGAAUUCGCACGAGAAAGCUUGAUAAUGGGAAAGGCGCUUGGACAGGGAGCGUUUGGACAGGUCGUGAAAGCUGAUGCACUUGGAGUGAAUGCUGACGAUGACGUUACCGUCGUUGCCGUGAAGAUGCUGAAAGAGGACGCCACCGAUCGCGAACUUGCCGACCUUGUCUCCGAGAUGGAGGUGAUGAAGAUGAUCGGAAAACAUACAAAUAUCAUUAACUUGAUUGGCUGCUGCACACAGAAUGGUCCGCUGUACGUGAUCAUGGAGUACUGUUCGUACGGCAACCUGAGAGACUACCUGCGUGAUCGGCGCCCCACGUCCGGAUACGAGCGACCGAUCGGCGAGGAUCGCAUCAGCGACACACUGCUGCGCAAGGACCUCAUCUCGUUCGCGUACCAGGUCGCGCGCGGCAUGGAGUAUCUCUCCUCAAAGCGGUGCAUACACCGUGAUUUGGCAGCAAGAAAUGUACUGGUGGCUGAUGACAACAUCGUGAAAAUUGCAGAUUUCGGUCUGGCCAGAGACGUCACCAACAUCGACUAUUACAGGAAAACGACAGACGGUCGACUGCCUGUGAAGUGGAUGGCACCGGAAGCUCUGUUCGACCGCGUGUACACGACACAGAGCGACGUGUGGGCGUACGGCAUCCUCCUGUGGGAGAUCGUCACUCUCGGAGGUUCGCCGUACCCGUCCGUUCCCGUCGAGAGGCUGUUUCAGCUGCUGAAGCAGGGACACCGGAUGGAGAAGCCGCCGAACUGCUCUCUCGAGCUGUACAUGAUCAUGCGCGAGUGCUGGCAGACGGAGCCCCACCAGCGGCCAACGUUCCGCGAGCUCGUCGAAGACCUUGAGCGCAUUCUCUCGCUGUCGACGACGCAGGAGUACCUUGACCUAAGUUCACCACCCGUUAGCCAGUCAGAGUCAGACGGUCAGCUGUCCUCAUUGAGCAGUGUGGAAUCAACUGUAUAGCUCUGAGCUAUGUAGACCUUCAUGUGUGACCUUCACCUAUGACCUUCAUGUUGACCGUCACCUGUGACCUUCACGUGGGACCUUUGCAUGUGACACUCACGCGUGACCUCUAUGUGUGACCUUCACCUAUGACCCUUGUGUGGGACCUUCACGCUCCAGACGGGCCAUGAUGGGAACGCGUGGGUAGGCUCUGCUGGCUGAAGCCUCAUCGAUAGGGCACAGCGCUGCCGGCUGGAUGCUGUGUGCAUGAGUGCGCCACCAAUGGAAAACACGUCUGCAAGCAGAAAUCUACCUAAAGCUGUUGAUCGGCUGUCGUGUUCUCACGGACUUGCUGCGCGCCAGUAAGAGUCGUCUAUUUAUUAUACUUAAUCAGUGCUGUGAUCACGUGGGAAAGACUGUUCCCGACUACAGACAGAAUGCGGUGCCACGUCCAUAUCUCGUCAAGCACUGACCCAGCCCAUCACGCGGUGGCACUUGCUAUAUCAGCAUUGUGACGAGCACACAGUUUAAAAGCACAGGUAGAAUGAGGAGAGGAAUACGGAGGGAGAGGAGGCCUUCGUUUUGCCGCAAAGUAAGGCCACUGCUGUUUUGACAGGCCCACCGAUGUUGCAACUAAAAGGGUGCCAGCUACAACCCUUGAUUUAAGCUUUUACUUUCAUGUAUAUCGGAGGCUCAGUAUUAUCAGCGAUAGCAUGGAGGUGCAUGCAAAGUGACAGCUGUUUAUUCUGUUAUAAAGUGGGGGAAGUAAGUGUCUAAGUUAUCCUACUUUUUAAUUGCGUAUUAUCUGACUGCCAAAGCGUACAGAUGUUCAAGCACUGGUUGUUAGGUUGUUUUAUUUUCACAUGUAUCUGUGUAUGUAUAUAUAUAUAAUAUAUAUAUAUAUAUAUAUAUAUAUAUAUAUAUAUAUUAUAUAUAUGUUGUAUAUCUUGUCUUGGGGUCAUCAUCAGAGUAUUAAGCCUGGAUUCUAAAACAGAACCGAUUGUUAAUCGAAUGACUUAAAAUUCGGCCGAGAUAUCUCUCCUGGUCAACGAUAUCGACAAGAUAGUGGCCAUUCUUUCAUAUACCCUAUUGCUAUAAAUUCUGUGAUUCUGUGACUGCGUAAUAAUGCCAAAACACUGUGUCACAGUGUUUUGGCAUUAUUACGCAGCCACAGAAUUUUGCAAGUUUUCAGCAAAGUUUGCACAGUUAACUAGCAAGAGUGCUGUCAUACGUAGCAAUUGUAUUGCUAAUAUAGCGUAGAAGUCCUAUAAAUGCGGUAUAAGAAACAUGUCCAUUCUCUUGUCGACUGAAAACUUGCCAAAGAUAAGCAUUCUGGCUGAUUUAGAUCUCUGGACGAAAUUAUGGCAUGGUAAGCUUGUGAUACCAACUCCUACUAUAUAAGCGCAUGCUAAGAAAUGCACGCGCGUUCGAGACAUUUCGGCAAGUAUGCAUACCGAUUGGACAUCAUGUAAAGAACAUAUUGGCCGAAAAAAAUUGUGUAAUAGUAAAACAGCGUAUAGGGAGGGAUACUUGUGUUAGUUUUUAUGGACCCAGUUCGUUGACUCUUUAGCUAUUGCCCGUGCGACAGCUUGUGGAGGACAAAUGCGACCAAGGCAGGAGGAUGUGUUUUGUACACAAGGUUGUCACGUGAUGGAGCCACUGAUCGUAUGUCGGCUGCUGGCCAUCAUACUGAUGGCUGUAUGGGCGGUUGACUAACUGAGUGAUGCUGUUCCUGAAAAGCGAAUCGGCGGCAUUUAAGUGUACUGUCUUUUCUCUAUUUUAGUAUGACAUGAAUGACACGUAUGGCUUAAUGCAGAUGGUUUAGUUGUGUUCCGAAUAUUGCAUUUUGUACCUCAUUUCGAUGCAGCACACUAUUGUUAUAUUUUGUAAAAUAUCGGACCGAAACUGUUCAACAAACAGGGUAGUUUCAUAGAUUAUUUUAGCUUCUUUUUUGUAAAGUAUUAGAUAAGUAUAGUUUUAUAUAUAUAAUUGUACAUUAGCUGUUUUCAUGUGAAUCACCGCCACCCCCGUGUUUUAUUUCGUAUGUAUUCUCUUGUAUAUAUAUAUAUAUACCUGCCUGAUUUUAGGGCAGAGGGAGCAACUCUCCUGUUGCUGUGAAUGUGCUCUUCUAUGUCUAUAACGCGGGCUGUCGUUUGAAGAAGACACUCUUGUGUGUGGGUGACUUGCGUUCGGAAGAACCAAACCGAGUUUGUACAGUUUCUAUGUUCAGAGUUCGCACUGGCGGCAUACAGCGGAUGUGUGUGCCGGUACUUAUUAACGACGUGGGCACGCGCGUCUGUUAUCUUAUUUAAUUAUGCAGAAAUCGGGUACACAGUGCAGUUGUUCGCGUCAAACGCUAUAGACAACCGGCGUUUCCCUUCGUUGUUACUGUUAAAUAACCAAAAAAAUGCGUCUGGCGGCCGCCAGGCGUGUGGGACCUGCUUCCCGAAACUUUAUCGUCUGUGAGAGACGUGUUCAUGUCCACUGCGACGCAUCGCUGGUAAUCAUUUUGUUACUUAAAUUAAUUAAUCAAUUAGUUAAUAUGGUAAUCGUUUGCAUUGCGGUGCGUCAAUUGUAAGAUUUACGGAAAAAGAUGACGAGCUGCCUGUAAAUUCCGCUUUGCUUUGUGUUUCGUGUUAUAGUAGAAGAGAGAUCGAGAGAGAUGAAUAAUAAUAUAAUUUCCAUAACUAUAAUAGCUAUUUAUUUGAGUUAACUUAACAGCAGUCUUUAUUGAUAAUGAGGGACAAGGGGGGGGGGGGUGCCAGUGCGAGUCCUCCCACUCACAGGCACUUGGGACAGAGUCAGUAAAAACUGAAAA